AUGACCAGUGUAACAAUUACUGCUCAAAAUCGUUGCCCCUUGGUUCCCAGCCCAUGUGAUAUAUAAGACGCAAAGCAAGCAUGAUGGGUUUUUUUUCAAAGAGGAAGGAAAUAUUAAGUCCCCAGACAUUGAUCAGAGGUAAAAAAUAAAAAAUUAAACAUGCCAAAUUAUGAUAAGAGGCAAGGUAGACUAAAGCUGUGGACUGUUCAUUUGUCUUCCUUAACUGUGAGAAAUGGAAGGAAAUCAUCCGUGUUAUCUCAUCAGGAUUGGCGAUUGGAGGGCAUGUGAUGGAUGAUGCUCCAUCAGAGCUUGUUUCCAUGAAGGCUUGGGGAGGUGAUACGCCCUCCCCCAACCCCAAUGAUUCGAUGAGAAAUUGGGAAUGAUCCAGGAAAGGACAUAACGCAGCUCAAAAAUGGGGAAUAUAUGUUUGACUUUGCUAAUAAAAUGCAGAUUUUGACUUAAAAUAUAAUUGAAUUACUUAAUAGUUGGUACAAUAAUGUCUAAUUCUGUAGUUGACUUUUAUUAUUUACUUUUUUUUCCCCUCUUGAAAGCGGAUUUCAAGCCUCUGACCGGGUCCCUAGUCAACGUUGGACUUAAAUCCGAUGUAGUCAGUGAGAGGAUGAGAGAUUAAAACAUAGAGAUGAAUCAGGAGAAAGCGAACCCAUGAGAAAAUAAAAUUAUAUGAAAAAUUAAACCAAAUAAAAACGCCUGUGCUGAGGAAAAAAUUAUAUAUAGCUCCUCUCAUGAACAACUGAAAGCAUUUGACUUUUCAUAACCCUAACUGGAAGUGCCCGACUUACAGUCAGCAGAGUCCGACAUAUUAAGUUAACUCACCUGCAACUUCACAAGAGCUGCACGAAGAGAUGCAGCAAAACCGAGCUUCUUUCCAAAAGCAUCAGCCUGUAUACCACCAUGAGAAACAGAAAGGGUUUGAAAUCUGGUCUGAAAUGGUUGCGCAGAGCCCUAAAAAAAGUGAAAAAUUUCAGAGAAAUUGGAGCGGACAACUUGAGCAUCUCUACCUGGAAUUCAAAAGCGCGGCUGAUAAGAUUAAGCCCAAAACUUACAAUAUGCUGGAGAGGUAUAACAGUAUGCUGCAAAUGAGAACACAAUUGAGGGUAUGUCAGGGAGAACUUGCGAACCAUAUUUUGGUUUGGAGAGGUUUAUAGAUGAUGCAAAUAAUAGCCCAAUAUCAGACAAGUUAAAGCCUCAUUGGUGGAGAAGAUAUCUUCAGUGCUUGUCCAGCUGAACAGCUAGUUAAAACUAUCAGGUAACCCAAGCCUCUGAGUGCAUGGAUGUCGCAACUAAGGUGGCCAACCCCUAAGAAAUCUUCAACAGAGAAACUGAUUACAGGAACAGUUGUUUAGAGAGCUUUCUUUAGGCACAAUCUGCUACAGUUAGCACGGGUAGUUUCCUAAACAAUCUUGGUCUGAUAUUUUCCGCAAUGGUCAGAUUCAUAACCACUUAGCCAAUAACGCUUCAUCAAAAGGACCUGAAGGAACAAACCCCAGUUCCUGGAACUAUUUUGGUCAACACGACUAA